UAAAAGUCAAUGCACUAAGUAAUUCAUUGCAAUCUAUUCUAUCAAUGUUAUUUAGAGAAUAAAAAAAAAUCAUGUUUACGAUUUUGAAACAAACAUCACCCCCAUAUAUGUGUACAUUAUACAUCAUUACUCUAUAUGUAUAUGCAUAGAAAAGAGAUGAAAUAGAAAUAGAUAACACUGAAAGGAGAAAUAAAUCUGUGUGGUAGAGGGGAUUUGUCGAAAGGAACUUGAAAAACAUGUAUGACCGCAAAUACACCGUAUGCACUAACAGUAUACGUAUGGGACAUGUUAACUUGUGAAGCAUCGUGUAUCUCCAGGCAAGGCUUUUUACGAAAUUCGACUUUGGUCGAGCCACAGGGUCUUGCACGUUCCAAAAUAUAGUAUUGUAUGUAAAUUACGUUGAAGAGAUAAGGUUUAUUCAUUAUCGCAACCGUGAACUCUCAAUCGACGUUCGACCACGAUGGUACUCAGUAAAUUCUCUACUCGAUUACUGAACACUCGUGCGUCCCUGUUUUGGAAUUAUUCCGCGGAUAAAUUGUUGCCACGUGAAAAUGUCAGACGGAUACAUUUCAACUACUAUACCGACAAAAGUAACAACGCACCCGGUGAGACUGAAAAGAUGAAUAUGUAUCAAGCGAUAAAUAAUGGACUUCGUUCAGCGUUGACCAAAGAUUCCGACGCAGUGAUAUUUGGCGAGGAUGUCGCAUUCGGAGGUGUUUUCCGAUGUACGAUGAAUCUCCAAAAAGAAUUUGGACGCGAUCGAGUUUUCAAUACGCCGCUUUGUGAACAAGGAAUCGCUGGUUUUGGAAUUGGUUUAGCGACUGCCGGUGUAACAGCGAUCGCAGAAAUUCAAUUCGCUGAUUACAUAUUUCCUGCUUUCGAUCAACUGGUAAACGAGGCAGCCAAGUUCAGAUACCGAAGUGGCGGAGAGUUCGACUGUGGUAAAUUAACGAUACGAGCGCCCUCUGGAGCUGUCGGCCAUGGCGGUCUCUACCAUUCACAAAGUCCUGAAGCUUAUUUUGCACAUACGCCAGGUUUAAAGAUCGUUAUUCCCCGAGGGGCGAGACACGCGAAAGGUCUUUUGUUGAGCUGCAUAGAAGAACCGGAUCCUUGUAUCAUAUUCGAGCCAAAAAUACUGUAUCGCACGGCGAUCGACGAGGUGCCGACAACCGAUUACAAGAUUGAAAUCGGCAAGGCUGAAAUUGUUAAAGAAGGUGAUGCCGUGACACUGGUGGGUUGGGGUACACAGGUGCACGUAUUGCUGGAGGUGGCCGAUCUCGUCCAGGAGAAGCUCGACGCGUCCUGCGAGGUAAUAGACCUCGUUUCUAUCCUGCCUUGGGACGCGGAACUCGUUUGCAAGUCGGUGAAGAAAACUGGAAGACUCGUCGUCGCCCAUGAGGCACCCUUAACGAAUGGAUUUGGAGCAGAGAUAGCCUCGACGAUUCAGGAGGAAUGUUUUCUGAAUUUGGAAGCUCCGGUACAAAGGGUCACCGGUUGGGACAGUCCCUUCCCUCAUGUAUUCGAACCGUUUUAUCUACCCGAUAAGUGGAGAUGCUUCGCGUCUGUCAGAAACGUGCUGAACUACUGAGAAAGCAGGGAUAUUCUACUUAAGAAGACGAUGCAGUGGAAUACGUCGGAAACCUGUUGCCUGUGCGGACGUUCGCCCUCGAGAACACGCCAGAUACGACAUCGAUUUUUCUACGGCCUCGCAAUACCAUCCUCGAGUUACCUACUCGAAAGCUAUUUUCACUCAAUUUUAUCAGUUAUUUUUAUUAAUGAAACCCUAUCAUCGUCGUUAUUGAAAGAUAUUCACGUUGAAAUACACGUUGAUUUGUUGUUUGAAGAUUUAACAUGUUCGCCUCCGCUGCAAAUUUAAUUCAAACAAAAUAAUACGAACAAGUGGAAAAGUUAAAUUGAAAAAUAAGUCAGUUGCAGUAAACACCAUGACAUUUAGGAUGUUGAUGAUCUGUUUUAUAAUGUAUUUUGUUAUGGCGGUCAAUGUUAACGCGACUUUAAAACAUUCAUACAUUUUUCAACGUUAUCAAAGAAAAGUAAUCUCAAAAAUAAAUUAAGUAGUUUAUUGUG